CAUGGUCCAUGUCAUGGAAACUCUCGUCGUCGCGCUGCUGUGUGCCGGCGUGGCUUUGGUGGCCGCCGCCGAUCGCCUGGGGCCUCGGCACCGAUCAGUACGAAAGCGUCCGCGACAGAACUCAGGGUUGGCAAAAGAAGGACACGACCGAGUGCUACACGGGCAACGAGCUCUACUCCCAGUCGACGGUCUUCUGCGACCGCGAGUGCCUACAAGCCACCGACAAGAAGGACCACUGGCGGUGCCAGGGCCCCUGGUACUGCGCCAAGACCGAGGUCGGCCAGGAAUUCUCGGACGACAUGGAUUCGCAUGGGGCAAAUUGGAAGCGGGCGAACGUGAUGAUCCGCGGCUGCGCCAAUAUCUCGCAGUGCUUUCCGGGCGCGAGCGACGCCGACGUCGACGAGAGCACGUACGAAAAAUUGGCGGACGGCUGGGAGACGACGUUCGGCGGCGCGCCGCGGCGCCGACGCGCGGGCCCGCGCGCGCGCGCACGCGCGCCCGCAGGCGUCAAGAUGAAGAGCUACUGCUGCACGAACAAGCGCGGCUAUGACUACGACGCGGCGCUGGCGCCGGCCGCGGCGCUCAUCGGCGACGAGCUGCGGUCCAAGCUCGCGGCGGCGCGGCGCGGCGGCGACGCGCCGGCGACGACGUACGCCGCGGGCGCGGCGCGGCCGCGGCGCGCGCCGGACGACCCGAGCGAGGCGCCCGCGGCCGAGGCGCCGGCGGCGGGCGCCGCCGCGCCGCACGAGGGCGCCGCCGCGGCCGCCGCGCCGCCCGAGGGCGCCGCCGCGGCGGACGCGCCGCCCGCGGGCGCCGCCGCGGCGGCCGCGCCGGCGCCGGCGGCGCCGCGGGCCAUCGAGGUGCCCGAGUCGCUCGUGCGCCUCGAGGACGCGCUCGACGAGGCGCAGGCCGCGCGCCCCCGCGCGCGGCCGGCGCUCGUCGCUGCGGGCCCGCGGCCCGCGCCGAAGCGCGCGGCGCUCGACGCCGUCGCCGCCGGCGCGGACCCGUCGAGCCUCGAGGCGCUGCGCCUCCUCCUCGGGCCCGAGCUCAUCGGGGCCGUGCCCGCGACGGCGCGCACCAUGGACUACUCGGGCGCGACGGUCGCGACCGUGGGCCUGCUCUGGCGCGGGGGCCGGCCGGCGCCGGCGCCGCCGAGCGCCGCGGAGCGGCGCCGCGCGCGGAACGCCGAGGCCGCGCGCGCGCGCGCGGAGGCGCCGCUGCCGCCCGAGGUCGGCGUCUUGCCGAGCCUCGCGCUCCUCCCGCGCGACGUGCUCUGGGACCUCAAGGGCCAGGCCGACGAGCUCGAGGCGCGCGAGCUCCGGCGGCGGCGGCCGGCGGCGCCCGCGGAGCCCGGGCCCAAAGCGUGGCGCGGGCCCGUGCCGCCGGUCACGCCCUCGGAGCGGUACCACGCCGUCGACGCCUACGACCUCGGCGACGCCGCGGCGGCCGCCGCCGACGAGGCGCUCGAGGAGAUGACGCUCCGCGCGCGGCGCUGGGCGGAGGACGCCGCGCGCGAGGCCGCGGACCUCGACGCGGAGGAGCGGGAACGCGCGCGCCUCGCGGACGCCGGCGAGCCCUUGCCGCCGCGGACCUACGGCGCCGACCUCGCAGCCCUGUACCCCGUGCCCGACGCCCCCGGGGACGGCGACGCGGCCGCCGCGGGGGACGGCGACGGCGACGACGGCGCCGCGGCCGCCGGCGACGGCGACGACGGUGACGACGACGAGGCGUCCUACGCGGACGACUUCGACGGCGCCUGCGGCGCGCCGCCGUGCGCCGAGGGCUCGCCCGGCGGGCCCGCGCCCGCGGCCGCCGCGCCCGCGGCCGCCGCGGACGACGCCGCGGCGUCGUGGGUCGCGGGGCUCUACGGCGGCGGGUCGCCGCGCGCGGCGCCGCCCGCGCGGCCCGCGCCGGCGCCGGCGGCGCCGCCGGCGCCGGCCGUGCCCGCCGCGCCGGACCUGCCGCCCUGCCGGCCGGCGUUCUGCGUCGUCAAGUACGUCGACGCGCGCGAGUGCCGCGGUGCGUCGGCGGCCGCGCGGGCCCGGACGGUCGGCUCCUACGCGAACGAGCUCGCCGUGCUCCGCGACCUGAGCGGCGUCUUCGCGGCCGCGCGCAUCUGGACGCCGCGCGUGCUCGCCUACGAGACCGACGGCGACCGCUACCUCGUCGCGCUCGAGGCCCUGCUGCCUCCCGCCUUCGCGCAGCGGCCGACGCUCCCGGCGGAGCACUGCGUCCAGGCCCUGCGCUGGCUCGCGCGCUUCCACGCCUUCGGCCACCGCCUCGCGGCGUCGGGCUUCGGCGACCUGGGCAUCUGGCCCCUCGGCGGCCACACGCCGCUCGCGCACCGCCCCCCCGGCGAGGUCGAGGGUUUGGAGCGCGGCUACGACAGGUGGCUCCUGGCCUUCUGCGACGAGAAGCGGUUCCGCGUGCCGCCGAACGACUUCGGCGCGCGCCUCGCCGCGCAGGCGCGCCGCGUCGACGGCUGGAUCGCCGACGCGUGCGGGCCCCGGCGGACGCUCGUCCACGGCGACUUCAAGGCCGGCAACCUCUUCGUCGAGGACGCGACGCGGCGCGUCUUCGCCAUCGACUGGCAGUGGUGCGGCUGGGGCUGCGGCCUCCACGACGUCGUCUACUUCCUCGCGACGACGGCGGCCGACGACUUCGUCAAGGACUUCGACGACGCGCUCUGGCUCUACCACUACGCGCUCGUCGAGGAGCUCGAGCCCGAGCUCCGGGCCGCGGCGCCCUGGCCCUACCCGGAGACGCGGCGCCUCUUCAUGCUCGCGGCGCUCGACUACGUGCGCUGGUGCUUCGCCUACCGCCUCGUCGACGAGACGCCCAAAGCCUACAAGCGCCGCGCGGCCGCGGACCCCAAGGACGUCAACCAGGGCGAGUACCGCCGGUCCUUCCGGCGCCUCCGCUACCUCUGCGACCUCGCGGAGCAGUUCCUCCCCUACGCGGAGAGCGGCGCGCUCGGCGUGUCGCUCCAGGACCUCGCCCUGCUCGACCUCUAG